AGAAAGUCCUGCUUGUUUUUCACGUUACCGUAAUUUCUUUGGAAACAUCCCAGAACAAAUCAGAAUACGAGAAUAUGGAAGACGCAGAAACGUUGAAUCAUUGGUUCAAGGAACGGCGCUACUUGCAAGAGAUGGAGAAAACCCUGCACUCGAUGAUUGAGAAGAUCAACCAGCAGCUGAAUCAGCGGAUGGUAGAAGAACUGGAUCUGAAAUCCCGCGACGCUCAGGUAACGGUAGGGGUGAAUCCGAGCAACGAACCUGUCGAAACCGAACCUGGAGCAGGCCCCAGCGAAAUCAACAAACAGCAGCUGGAUCUCACGGUGAACAAUAAAACGUGCUUCAACCUUCUCUGGGAGGAAGAGGACGAUGAGGAAGACUAGCGAAUCUCACGCGAAAAACACACUUUGUAAAUACACCUUUUAGCUUUUAACUUCACUAAACACGACGAACGUUUACUCA